CGCGGAUCUAAACGCCCCUUGACUUGAAGUGCGACUGACAGCACGUAGGCAUAACUUGUGGUAAUGUUUUGAGUAGUUAAUAAGUGCGCAGUAACUGCUAGCGACCUUUACGCACCGAGGGCAGUCCGGGUGUCGGUCUUACAAAUGGCCACCAUUGUCUUUUGCUCGAUAAACAAAACGGCUCAGGCUACGGCGAGACGAUGUUGGACCCCACAUUUAAAGGAGCUUGCUAGUGCUGUGGGGCACCGUGUGCCGCUCUCCUUCACGCACAGUCCGCUUCUGCUCCCGGCAACGAGAUGGUGUUCCAGGGGUACUGGGGUAAGGUUUAUGUCCCAUGGGACCUCAGGGAGAGCGGCGUCUGGCCGCGCCAGAAGGGGAGCCCUGGCGCUCAGUGGAGCCGCAGCAGCAGCGGCGGCGGCGGCGGUGGUGGGAUUUUUGGCCAACGCCAACCACUUCCAGCGCGCAGAGAUGGCAACGAGGGUUUCCCAAUCCGCCGAGGAGAAGGAGGCAGACAAGGAGGGGGGCAUCCUGGAGAGAUGCCUGGGCUUCAUGUCGCCCCCAGUGACGGACGUCAGCGUGCUGCAGGAGACGAAGGCGGAGAUGCGCACGAGGAUGGAGAUGCUGAUCAUGGAGACGCAGGCCGAGUUCUGCAGAGCCCUGGAGAAGGUGGACGGUGGGACGUUCAAGGUGGACCGGUGGGAGAGGAAGGAAGGUGGUGGGGGAAUCAGCUGUGUGAUGCAGGAUGGAAAGGUGUUUGAGAAGGCAGGGGUCAAUGUGUCAGUGGUGUUUGGAAACCUUACCGAGGAGGCAGCGAGGCAGAUGAGGAGCAGAGGGAAAGUCCUCAAAGGAAAAGAUGGUAAACUACCAUUUUGUGCCAUGGGUGUAAGCUCAGUUAUCCACCCCAAGAAUCCUCACAUACCCACAGUGCACUUCAACUACAGAUACUUUGAGGUUGAAGAGGAAGAUGGCACUAAGCAAUGGUGGUUUGGUGGAGGCACAGACUUGACCCCAAUAUAUAUUAAUAAAGAAGAUGCGUUUCACUUCCACAACACCCUGAAGGAAGCUUGUGACAAGCACCACCCGCAGUACUACCCCGACUUUAAAAAAUGGUGUGACAGAUACUUCUACAUCCGCCACAGAGGAGAAACCCGGGGUAUAGGAGGGAUCUUCUUUGAUGACCUGGACUCGCCAAGUCAAGAAGAGGUGUUCAACUUUGUCAAGAGCUGUGCCCACACCGUGGUGCCCUGUUACCUGCCCAUUGUGUACAAACACCUCAACGACUCCUUCACUGCCGAGGAGAAGGACUGGCAGCAGGUACGACGAGGCAGAUAUGUGGAGUUCAACCUGGUGUAUGACAGGGGAGUGAAGUUCGGCCUGGCCACGCCUGGCUCCAGAAUUGAGAGCAUCCUCAUGUCCCUCCCCCUCACGGCCAGGUGGGAGUACAUGCAUGAGCCUGUCGAAGGUACCCAGGAGGCUGAGAUGAUGGAGGUGUUAAAAAACCCCAAGGAGUGGGUGUGAGGUUUACGAGUCAGUGUGCACAGCAUCCAGGAAACAGUCUUUUUUUUUAUAAAGGUGCGACUUGUUUGACUGGAUCAACAGCAGUUUCAAGUUUUUAAAUAUAAUGUGAAGUUUCUCUUUUAAUCUGUGCCAUUUUUCCUAGGCCUGUUGAUCACGUUUCAUCAUAUUAGCCUUUAAAUACAGAAAAAUGUAAUAAUAAUGAGGCAGCUUUAUUAUUCUUCAGGGCCUGGUACAGUAAACAAGACCAAAUAAUGUGACUUCCCGUGUGACUGCUUUCAGGUCAUCUCACUUUGGUGAUGUGCUACUUUUAAGAAGUUGCUAUGUUUUUAUGCCUUGGCUAAAUGUGGUUUGCUUUACUCUUCUUUAACAUUGAACAAAAAGGGAAAAUAGAGACUGUGGGCCACAGUAUUUGUUUGUUUGGCAGAAAAAUUAAAUCCUUGACGUUUAAAUGUG